AUGUCGGAGACGCCAGUGAAAGAUUUCAACACCGAACAAGGCCCGGCUCACUGGAUGCUGCCUGACUUUCGGACGCUUCCGAGUCACGAACUUGUGCACUGUUCAUUGUGGGCGUUCCAGAUCCUGCCCAGGCCUUGGGUUCCCAAAAUCCAGAAGAAACAAUCUAGUCAUUGCUUGAGUGCGGAGGCUCCUGUGCCCGUGCACAUGCUGGCCAGGGUGUUUUUCUUUCAUAUUGGCUCCGAAGUUAGCGCAGGUAGUUCUGGCAAGUCUGAUGAGCUGAGUGCUUCUGGAGGCAUAGACUUCAGCAUCCCGGCAGGCAGUUUUCCUUGGACAGGUCACUGGGACAUUGGGCCGUUUUGA